AUGGCGGAAUGCGGACGCAACCAUGUCGGCCGCGCGCUCUCCUGGACCGGCGCAGCCACGCCCCGCUCUCACCUGCGCCUCCGCCAGCUCGCCCUCAUCCCCCUCGUGCUCCUCGCCCUCCACAGCGUGCACUGCCUGCCGCAUUCCCCACCUGCCGCGCCACUCGCCCGCCCGGCGGAAGAGACGGAGCACCACGCGCAUGUGCAGGGCCCGCAAUGGCUGGACUCCGCGCUGUUGGGGUGGCUGGGGGAUCUCACGAAUAGUAGCUGGCCGCGCGCACCGGAGAAGGGUGAAGGUGCGGGUCUAUUGGAUCUCGCGGGCAUGCGGAAGGCUGGCGGGGUGCGGCGGUGGCUGAAGCGGCAGGCGGUGAAGCCGAACCUGGUGCUGGCGCAGGACGGCACGGGCGACGUCACCACGCUGCGAGUAAGCCGCGCGCUCCCCUUCGCGCUCAUUACAUUCUACCUUGGCCCGGCCUCCCUGCCAUGCGCCUGUUCGGACCUCGCCCACUCCAUUCGCCUCUCUACUUCCGUUCCCACCUCCUCCCCACCACAUCCCCGCCCCCAACCCAUCCGCCCUCCUCCUUCCCCCAUCCGUUACCCGCUCCACCCUGCUUCGCCCCAUUAUCCCCGGAUCCCGUUCGCCACUUCGCCUCAUUGCCCCGCAUCCCCGCCCUCUCCCCCGAUCGCGGCGAGUGUGCAGAGAGCGGCGGAGAUAAUCAACAACGUGCCGCCAUCGCAGGGGUGGUUCGUGGUGCACAUCCGCGCGGGCGUGUACGGCGACAAGGUCGACAUCGCGCGCCCCAUGGUCGCGCUCGUAGGCGACGGACCCACUCGCACUGUCAUUACUGGCUCCCGUAGUAACGCGGACGGGUUAGCGACAUGGGACACGGCCACGUUCUGUAUGCCCCACUCCCGCUGCCCCGCACUUCCCCCGCCACCCGCUGCUCUCGUGCCCCGCGUGCUGGCCCCACGUCACCGCGUCACACCACGCCUAUCGCGCACGCCCUUCUUCGUGCCCACUCACCCUUGUGCUAUCUCUCCUCCUUCUUUCAGCCAUCCCUCGGCGUCGGGUGCCAGCUUCGCGGCGGCGAACAUCCGAUUUGAGAACACGGCGGGGCCGUACAAGGAGGCGGGCGUCGCGUUCCGCGCGGUGGGCGACCAGUCGCUGCUCUACCGCUGCCACUUCUCCGCCUUCCAGGACACGCUGAACGCGCACAGCGGGCGGCAGUACUACCGCGAGUGCCGCGUGGAGGGCGCGCUGGACUUCAUCUUCGGGCGCGACGCGUCCGCCGUGUUCGACAAGUGCCGCCUCGACGUGCGCAAGUGGACGGGGGUGGCGGGCUUCCUGGGGCGCAGCAUCAUCACGGCCAACGGGCGCACGGCGCGCAGGGGCGGCGGCGGGUUCGUGUUCGUGGACUGCGCCAUCAACGCGCUCGACCCCGGCGCUAGGGCCGUGCUGGGGCGCCCGUGGAAGGCGUACGCGCGCGUGGUGUUCAUCAACACGUACAUGAGCAAUGUGAUAGACCCGGUGGGGUGGGCGCAGUGGAAUGGCGUGAACUUCCGCGCCAAGCCGUUUCUGGCGGAGACAGGCAGCUAUGGGCCGGGCGCGCGCAGGGCGUACGCGGACUGGGUGCACCCGGGCAAGCUGGCCGCACGGCACGCAGGGCCGUUCCUGCCGGACCCAUUUAUCCAGGCACGCACUUGGGUGAGCAGCACGCCGCUGCACGUGCCGUACCCCUGA